AUGAGCAAGACUCCACAACCUCCAUUGGAGGUGGUAGCGCCUCAGGCGAAACUACCGGUUGAACAGAAUCAGACAGAGGGCACGAAUGAUCAAGUUGCUUCUCCACAACCACAGCUGUCCAGAUGGCGCAAGCUGAACCCUCUGCGACUGCAAAAGAUACCUCCUGUUCCCAGUGAGAGACAAGUGACUCGGGAAUAUGGGGCGAAUAUUCUUAGUCGCAUCUUCUUUGAGUGGAUGACCCCUUUUAUGCAGGUGGGUUAUCUCCGACCAUUGGAACCCAAGGAUAUAUGGACCGUCAACCCGGAUAGAGCAGUAGAUACCUUGUCGGACAAGCUUGCUGUGGCUUUUAGGAAGCGAGUUGAGCAAGGGAGCAAGAGACCUCUGGCGCGGGCUCUUAUCGACACCCUAAGACAUGACCUUGUGGUUGGUGGUAUAUGCCAGCUUAUUGGCAUGAUGUGCAUGAUUCUAUCACCAUACGUGGUUAGGCAUCUUAUCACUUUCUCGACCGAAGCAUACGCAGCCCAUAUUCGCGGAAUACCUGGGCCACACAUUGGACCAGGCUUGGGUUACGCCUUUGGCCUUUAUGCCAUGCAAGUGCUGCAGAGUUUGACUAUGAACCAGGCAUUAUAUCGAGGGAUGGUUGUCGGAGGAAUGGCCAAAGCGGGCCUUACAUCUCAAAUCUUCGCCAAAGCGAUGAGGCUGUCGAACCGUGCGAGAGCUGGCGGGAAGCAGACCGAUGACGCGGGACAGAAACCCACCGAAGGAAGUCCAUCUAAAGCGGCAAACGAUGCGGCGAAAGAGACUUCCGGCUGGAGUAAUGGACGUAUCACGACGUUGUUGGGCGUGGAUGUGGAUCGUAUCGAUACAGCUUCCGGCAUGCUUCAUAUGCUUUGGGUUUCACCCAUCGGUCUUAUCGUCGCUCUGAUCAUACUGAUUGUCAACAUCGGCUACAGUGCACUUGCCGGGUACGCCCUCCUAGUUGUCGGAGUAUUUGCUUUGGCAUGGGCAAUGCGCCUUCUGGUGCAAUUUCGGAGGGCCAUCAAUAAAAUCACCGAUCAGCGAGUCACUUUGACCCGAGAAAUAUUGUAUAGCGUGAGGUUCGUGAAGUUCUUUGGCUGGGAAAGCAGCUUCCUAAAGCGACUCGAGGACGUUCGCAAUCGCGAGAUCGGCUCCAUCAAACGACUCUUGUUUGUCCGACACGCUGUUGUGGUGUGCAUGGUUUCUUUACCUACAUUCGCAUCGCUGCUGUCCUUUGUCACAUACGCUCUGUCGGAUCAUGGCAUGUCCCCGGAUCGCAUUUUUGCGUCCUUGGCAUUGUUCAAUGUGCUUCGUAUGCCACUCAUCAUGCUCAACCUCACUAUUACACAGAUGACCGAUGCCUGGACUGCUAUGAACCGAAUCCAGGAGUUCCUUCGGGCCGAGGAAAAAUCGGACCCGGUCGAAUGGGACACGACCAUGGACAAGGCUAUUGAGGUCGAACAUGCAUCAUUCACCUGGGAACAAGUGCAGAGCAACAAGGGAGAGGAGAAGAAGGAAGAGAAGCCGAAGGGUAGCCAGGUCUCACCGAAAGACGCAACGCCCAGCAGCCCGCCCAACGACAACAGUGAUACAACUGAGCCUGCGCCGUUCAAGCUCACCGAUGUCAACUUCAAAGUGGGAAGGGAUGAACUUCUUGCUGUAAUAGGAACAGUUGGCAGUGGCAAAAGCUCGUUGCUCGGGGCUUUGGCGGGUGAUAUGCGCCUGACGGAGGGUAAAAUCCGAAUGGGUGCGACUCGAUCGUUCUGCCCGCAAUACGCCUGGAUCCAGAAUGUGUCAGUGCGAGAGAAUAUCCUCUUUGGAAGUGAUUACGACGAAGACUUCUACGACCGCGUAAUUGACGCAUGCGCUCUACGAGCCGAUCUAGAUAUUUUCCCAAACGGGGAUCAGACGGAGAUUGGGGAACGAGGCAUCACGGUCUCUGGAGGCCAAAAGCAGCGAAUCAAUAUCGCCAGAGCGGUCUACUCCAAAGCAAAUAUCGUCCUCAUGGAUGACCCUCUUUCAGCCGUUGAUGCCCAUGUCGGACGCCAUAUCAUGGACAAAGCAAUUUGCGGUCUGCUCAAGGAUAAAUGCCGUGUCUUGGCAACCCAUCAGCUCCAUGUCCUUAGCCGGUGUGACCGAAUUAUUGUGAUGAAAGACGGCCGUAUCGACGCUAUUGGUACCUUUGACGAUCUUGUACGAACAAAUGAACACUUUAGGGAAUUGAUGUCAAGCACUUCGCAACAAGAAAAGCAGUCGGAUGAUGAUGUCGACGAAAAGUCUGACGAAGCCGAACCAGCGAAAGACCAGAUUGACAAGGCUAAACCAGCAGCCGCGUUGAUGUCAAAGGAAGAGGUAGCGGCGGCUUAUAUCACCGCCUCCGGAUCUUUCUUCCUCAACUUCAUUGCCUUUCUCGUGCUGCUGGCCUGUCUCAACGGUGGUCUAGUUAUGACCGGGCUGUGGGUCUCUUAUUGGACGUCUGACAAGUUUCCAAACCUGACCGCUGGCCAGUACAUGGGAAUAUAUGCGGCAAUCUGCGCAGCACAGGCUUUGGCCCUGUACGGCUUCGCACUGCAUGUAACCAUUGCCGCAGCGGUCUCUAGCAAGACAAUGCUGCACCGCGCAAUGUACCGAGUCUUGCGAGCCCCGAUGGCCUUCUUUGACACGACUCCGUUGGGACGGAUCACAAACCGGUUUUCUAGGGAUGUUCAGGUGAUGGACAGCGAACUUGGCGAAUCUAUUCGCAUGUUUGCCUUUACGUUCACUCAAAUCCUUGCCACGAUGGGGUUGAUCAUCGCAUUUUAUCAUUACUUUGCUAUUGCACUAGGUCCCCUGUUCGUCUUGUUCGUACUCGCAGCGGCCUACUAUAGAGCUUCCGCGCGGAAUCUGAAGCGGCAUGAUUCAGUGCUUCGCUCGACGGUGUUUUCACGUUUUGGCGAGGCCAUCACCGGUGUCGCAAGCAUCCAAGCGUAUAAAAUGGAAGGUUACUUUCAGCGGAAUCUGCAUGAAAGCAUCGACUCAAUGAAUGGUGCAUAUUUCCUGACUUUCUCCAACCAGAGAUGGCUCUCGAUUCGCCUUGAUGCUAUCGGCAGUCUAAUGAUCCUGGUGGUGGGAAUCCUCGUCGUCACGUCUCGUUUCAACGUCGGGCCAAGCAUCUCCGGUUUGGUACUGUCGUACGUUUUGAACAUCACUCUGAGUUUGCAAUUCACUAUUCGACAGUUCGCUGAAGUCGGGAAUAAUAUGAAUGCCGCUGAGCGGAUCCAUCACUAUGGCACCAGCUUGGACGAGGAAGCGCCCCUUCAGUUGGCCGAGGUACCACCAAGCUGGCCCGAAAAGGGGAGGAUUACGUUCUUGAACGUGCAAAUGCGGUACCGUGACGGGCUGCCUCUGGUGCUCAAGGGACUCACGAUGGACGUUCGAGGCGGGGAACGGAUUGGCAUUGUUGGGCGGACAGGUGCCGGCAAAUCCAGCAUCAUGGCCGCGCUAUUUCGUCUCACCGAGCUUUCCGGGGGAAGUAUCAAGAUCGAUGACGUUGAUAUUGCCACGGUUGGGCUGCGUGAUCUUCGGACUCGUCUUGCUAUUAUCCCGCAGGAUCCGACGCUCUUCCGCGGCACGAUCCGCUCGAACCUGGAUCCUUUCAAUGAGCAUACGGAUCUGGAGUUAUGGGCAGCGUUACGCAAGGCACAUCUCGUCGGCCAAGAGCUGCCAGAAGACGAGUCCCAGGACGGCACAAUUACGCCAUCAUCGAUGAACGAAAAGCAGCAGACGGUGCAGCGACUGCACCUUGACACCAUCGUCGAAGAAGAGGGACACAACUUCUCGCUCGGCCAACGGCAGCUCAUGGCUCUGGCGCGUGCUCUCGUUCGCGAUGCCCGCAUCAUCAUCUGUGACGAGGCAACCUCGUCCGUUGACUUUGAGACAGACCAGAAAGUCCAGGAGACGAUGGCGCAAGGGUUUCAAGGCAAGACCCUGCUUUGCAUUGCUCAUCGUCUACGGACAAUCAUCAACUAUGAUCGCAUCUGUGUGAUGGAUCAAGGGCAGAUUGCCGAAUUUGACACACCUCUGGCGCUGUGGGAGAAGCCGGGUGGCAUCUUCCGCAGUAUGUGUGAUCAGAGUGGAAUCACCCGGGAGGACUUUGAGGGUUGA